AUGUCUGGAUACCCCGAUUCUGACCGCAUGCAGCGUGAGAGGUCUCGUUCGCCCCGUCGUCGUUCUUCUCGCAGUCCUCGUCGUAGUCGUCGCUCGUACACCCCGCGCAGUCGCUCUCGCAGUCGUGACGAGUACCGUCGCAGUGAUCGCCGUUCGCGAUCUCCUUUGAGUGCAUCUGGUGCUGCUGGCUCGGGCUCUCCCUACGGUGGACGCAGUGGAUACGCGCCGAACAGACCAUUCGAGGAUCGCUCCGUCAACAAAGAAAAUAUGAUGCAAUCAGUGCGCGACUCAUCCCAGCAAGACCGCCGGGUCUAUGUGGGCAAUCUAUCGUACGAUGUCAAGUGGCAUCAUCUCAAAGACUUUAUGAGACAGGCUGGAGAAGUUCUCUUUGCCGAUGUAUUACUUCUUCCGAAUGGAAUGUCGAAGGGAUGCGGGAUUGUGGAGUACGCUACGAGGGACCAAGCACAAAAUGCGGUCAACAGUCUCAGUAACCAAAACCUCAUGGGUCGUCUCGUUUACGUUCGCGAAGUAUGGCUCCCAUCUCCUACAGAACAAAGCCGUUGUUAUCAAGGACCUUCGACUAAUUAUUUCCCUCUUUUCUCUUCGAACCAAAAGGACCGUGAAGCCGAGCCUCGAUUCGUUGGUGGACCUCCUCGCGGCGACUUUCAAGGCGGGGGUGGUGGCCGCGGUGGCUUCGGUGGAGGUUUCGGCGGCGCCCCAGGUGGCGGUGCUCCUGGUCGUCAGCUAUAUGUGUCCAACCUUCCUUUCAACGUGGGCUGGCAAGAUUUGAAGGAUCUUUUCCGCCAAGCGGCUCAGCAAGGAAAUGUUAUCCGCGCCGAUGUGCACACCGAUCCUACCGGUCGUCCUAAGGGAUCCGGUAUUGUUGCUUUUGAGCACCCCGACGAUGCUCGCAAUGCCAUUGCUCAGUUCAACGGAUAUGAGUGGCAAGGCAGACCCCUCGAAGUUCGCGAAGAUCGUUUUGCUGGCGGUAACGCUGGUUACGGUGGUGGUGGUGGCCGCGGCGGCUUCGGUGGUCCCGGUGGCCCCGGUGGUUUUGGCGGUCGUGGCGGUUUCGGUGGCCGUGGUGGCUUCGGUGGUGGUCGCGGUGGCUUUGGUGGUGGAUUUGGCGGCCGUGGUGGUGGCUUCGGUGGUGGUGGUCCUGGCUUCGGAGCUGGUGGAGCUGGUGGAGCUGGUGGUGGUUACGACCAUGUCCCUACCCCAUCGGGACCCCCCAACCCCUUCACUGACUAUGCCACUUCUGGCGGAGACAAGAGCGGCGUCAUUUACGUGCGCAACCUUCCCUGGUCUACCUGCAAUGAGGAUCUGAUUGACCUCUUCUCCACCAUCGGUAAGGUUGAGAAGGCUGAAAUCCAGUACGAGCCUAACGGCCGCUCCCGCGGUACUGGUGUCGUCGAGUUUGAUACUCCUGACACUGCUGAGACUUCCAUUGCUAAGUUCACCGGUUACCAAUAUGGUGGUCGCCCCUUGGGCAUCACCUUCGUCAAGUACCUGAACGCAGGAAACGCAGGAAUUGCAGGAAAUGCAGGAAACGCAGGAGACGCAGGGCACGCAGGGCCUGGCCCUGACAUGAUGGAGAGUGCAGAGCACCCAGAAGGCCUCACUCAAGACCAGAUCAUGUAA